AAAAUAUCUUUGUUUGACUUGUUUAAAUUGUUCAACACUUAGAAAUGGUCCCCAAAUAUCUUCACACUGUUUUGCCAUGGCCCAUUGCUUAGAAUAUAUAAUCGAGAGGAUCCAAUUGCGUUUUUUUGAAAACGGUUACAAUAAACUCUGGUAACAAAUAUAUCGCUCUUAUCUUUUAAAUUGAUCCUUUAUAUUCCUUAUCCCAAGCUAUCUCACAAUAUUAUCAAUGUCUUUUAGACCAAAAAUUGCUGUCUUUGGUACCAAUGGGCUACUAGGAAAACCUGUUUUAGAAGCAUUAACCUCUUCAACCUUCUCAAAGUACUUUUCUUUCCCAAUUAUUGCAAUUACAAGAGAUAAAUCAAGAUUUACAUCUACAAAUUUAAUCGAAUUCAGAGAGGCUAAUCUUGAUCAAUCAAACGACUCAUUCACUCAGGCUUUAAAGGAUGUCGACGUUUUGAUUAAUGUAGCAAGCUUGGAUAUUCAACUCAACACUCUAUUAGGUGCCAUAGUUAAAUCUUCUUCUGUCAAAUUAUACAUUCCAACUCAAUUUGGUAUGGAACUAACUAAAAUUCAAGAUUAUUUACCCAUUAUUGAUAUUAAAAUUAAACACAGCGAAAAAGCUAGAAAAUUAGGAAUUAAGACAGUUGAUAUCUCAACUGGAUUAUUUGCAGUCCCCGGCUCGUUUCUAUAUGAGUGGUUAGGUGCUGUUGGUUACUCAAGAGACGAUAAUGUUGCUACUAUCAUUGGUGAUCCCGAUUUAAAAUUUGCAAUCUCAAAAUUGGAAGAUAUAGGAAAAUCUGUCGCCUCAAUUGUCUCCAAAGACCCUAAUACUCUACCUGAUUCAGUUAGAAUUUACUCUGAUCUAGUCUCCCAAGAACAAGUUCUUGAACGAUAUGAAAGAUCACAUAAUAUUAAAAUUAAUCGCCAAUAUAUUACAAAACAACAAGGCUUAGAAAAGGCACAAGAUACUCUCAAAAAUGGGUUUAAUAUUAAAGAUUUCUUUUUCUAUUUACAAGUCGUUGCCUCUCAAGGUAUCGACAAAGGUUCAUCCUUUUCUUCUGAUGAAAGAGAUUUUGUUAAUCCAAAUGAAUCUUUAUUUGACUGGGGAAAAUUUUAAUCUAACUCCAAUUAUAUCUUAGCUAAACUCUAGCAAUUUAAAUACGUAAAUCAAAUAUAAUAUUAGCACCUUUUUGUCUACGUUUUAAAAAUCACUUCUUUUAAUUUUCUUUUUCUAAUUCCAAUUGAUAUUUCAACUAUUUUGUAUAUCUUGAAAUAAAUAC